ACUGUCCUUUUAAGAGAGUCGCGGCAGUUUCACCAAUCACAAGGCUCUUUACACUCACGUGACUUGGUGACGUCGAAUGCACAAAAAGGUUACAAAACUAAAACAAAAUGCUUACAAAACACCCUAAUGUUAAAUUACAGGUAGAAACCAACAUCGGACUCUUAAAGCAUUAAUUAACCUCAGCCUUUUUUAACAGUACAUUUGACACAAAACAACGUUAACUAUCAAAUUAGAUCACGAAUUAUCAUACCAAAAAUGUGCUGUUUUGUUAAAGUACGAGACUGGGGACAUAUUAAUGUAACAGCUUUAGGAUACUUUUUUCUUUCUUCUUCCCAAAACCUAAUUGUGAGACUGGCUGUAACAGACGAUAUUUGAUCCAUUACGGCGUAGACACGCUGACAUUAAUGGCAUAUAAACAAUACUAUUAGAACCUCCCGGUUAAUUUAACGUGAAUUGUCAUUACAAUUUUAUCUUUUGCAUGAAAAACGAAAAAAUAUGUGCGUAACAUCAAAUUCCGGUCGUGAUAAAACCACAAUGGUAUUUCCUUCCGAGGUCUUGUUUCUGCCCGGUCAUGUGACACGGACGGUACAACAGGACAUGUUACCAGCGGACGAAGACAUCGUUGAAGUGUCUCAAAAUGAUGACACCAACAAAGUGCAGAUGAUUAAAGGUGCAGCCUUUUUGAGCACGGUGGCGUCUUUGGGGCUCAUCGCGGGCUUUGGCUCCACUCUGGCGCUGGCCAAGAAGAAAAACCCCGACUGGUUCAAUAAGGGCGUUACAGCGACACUUCCUGAGAGCGGCGCAGCACUUGCCUUGCGGGCUCUUGGCAGAGGUUCUAUGUACGCCUGGUGUGGCGUGGGGCUGCUCAGCUUCACCGUGUGGAAACUUCUGGAUGUUCACAGCAUGUCUGAGUUCAGAUGCAAGAUGGCCUCCUUCUUCCCGCCUAUCCCAAAGUCGGACAGGGCGGCGGGGUCUGACCUGCAGGACUUGGAGUCGCUUUUUAAGUCCAAGUAACAGGGGCACUAAAGUGAGCGUGUUGGAACGCAGCCCAGUUGAACUGAGAACGUUUGGUGCUUUCAGGGACCCUCAGACAAAGCGGGGACACUGGACACGUGUCAUUUGACUCAUGUUAAUUGAAUACAUGAAUAUCAAUACAUGCUUGUGAAGCUUGCUGUUAGCUGCAUUCUGUACAAUCAAAUAAGUGCUGGCAACUGACAAGAUCCUCAUAAACAAAAAUGCUUUUGGGUUUAAUUAUCCAUCCAUUCAUCCAUUUUCUACCGCUUGUCACUCUCGAGGUCGUGGGGGUGGAUGUAGCCUAUCCCAGCUGCAUUCGGGCGGAAGACGGUGUACACCCUGGACAAGUCACCACCUCAUCAAAUUCUUUAGAAUUUGUGAAUAGUGUACUUUAAAUAAGCUGAUUAGAAGGGGACAUGUCGUGUUUGUGCACAUUGGGUAAUUUUGAGGAUUCAAUCAAGAUGGCUCCCACCACCAGACCAAUUGAACCCACUUUUCCUCUCAGCUAUUGGUACCUUGGUCAGCGUUGCCAUACGGGAAAUUACAAAUUAAUGUAUGAGAAUCUUAAAAUUAACGUAUUUUUAGAAUGUAAUUUUCCAAACCUCAUAUGAUGUUG